AAACUAACCUUCCACACUUUCAGCGUUUCCAAGUCGCGCUGCUCGUGUUUUUGUCCGCUUUUGAGGAUUGAAAAGAACUAAUCAAGAUGUUUUGGAGAGCUGUUUUCGUUACGCUUGUGCUUAGUGUUGUGGGAGCUUCUGCCGUGGGUUUUGGUUCAAGUGUGAACUGUAAAGAUCUGGACUGUGAAAACUGCACAUCAAAUAGUGAGUGUGCCUGGUACGAGUGCAACAACACAUCAUACUGUUUUAACAGCGCUCAAGCGCCUGAUAAAAGCUGCAACAAGACAAACUGCUCUCUUCCAACUCCGGAAACCACAAUCUCCACCAGCGCUAAACCAACCACUGUGGCUCCAACUACUGUCAAUACUACUGCCAAUACUACUGCAGCUCAUACUACUCCUAAUACUACUACUCAUGCUAAAACUACUAAAGCUGCUACCACCGUUGCGCCAACUCACAUCGCCACCACCAUGUCGAAUACCACCACCACAACAACGGUGUCACCUCCUCCGAAGAAGAAAGCGACAUUCGAUGCCGCCAGUUUCAUUGGCGGUAUUGUUCUCGUUCUCGGCCUCCAGGCGGUCAUCUUCUUCCUCUACAAGUUCUGCAAGUCCAAGGAUCGCAACUACCACACCCUGUAACACUCUACCAUUUAGAGGCACCACCUUACACAUUUAAUACACCUACCCACACUGAUCCUUUAUACCCCCCCUUCAGGCCGGACCCCUGUUUUUAGCCAUGAUUACUCGAUGCCUGUGGUUUGAGCUUUAGCUUUCAGGGAAGUGAACGCUCACUGAAAGAGGUAAUUCGAUGCACAUUGGCGACCCCAAAUUGGCAGUGGCAUUGAGUCUGUGUUACAGUUUUUCAUUGUCACCAGCCCUUCAAUCCCAGUUUCUGCCAUUUUAGUGAAUGAUAAUUUCGGUUUUAUUGCAGAAUUGAAAUGGGAAGCAGGUUUUUAAUGCCACUGCUUUAUUAGAAGGUUUAAUAGCUUGUUAAUGGCAAUAUCUUUUCACCAGCUUUGUCUCAUUAGCUUGAUUUAAUCUGGCUGGAUUUUUUUUGCACAUUUUUGGAUUGCAACUACUUUGUUCUUUUCUCUUUCCUUAUUAGACUUUGUUCUUUCCAUGAGACUUGGAGCCCCUGAAGCCAUAGAUAAAAAAAAUAUAUGAAAUUCUUCUUGCUUAAACAGCAGUGUGUAACUUUCGGGGAUUUAGGGUGUUAAAGACUUACUUUCGCUAUCGAUUCGAUGGGUUGGGGCUUGUGUUUUAGCUUAAAUUUAGUUGGCAACGUAAAAUUUUACACAGUGCACAGAAGGCUUUUAUUUGGUGGUUUCGAGUAGCAAGUCGUGUUGCGAUCGUUUCAUACUGCUUUUUUCUCUCCGUCUGUCUUGUAUAGCUGUAAUUUUCAUUCACAACUGCUUGACUUAAUUUCCAAUGACCGUAUUUCCAGAAUUAGUCAGUAUAAAUCCAUUUGCCGAAUUAAUUAUUAAUACAGUAACAUUCGCAUGUUUAAAGCCAGAAGUGUUUGAGUCUGUUUAAGUUGCCAAAGUUAUUGUUAGCUUUUACGGCUUCUCAUCUUCUUUUCUUCCGUCAAGCCUUAAAAGUAUAAAUUGCGAGCGCAUGAGAUGAGAAUGGACUCCGGUUUGUUGCUUGCCUCCAUAGCAGGUUUGGUUUUGUACAUGUGAGCGCAAUAUCAUUAACUAAAGGUGAUCGAGGAUGCCAGCUGGACUGAUUGGUGUGUUAUAAAAUAUAUAGAAUAAUUAAUAAUUAAUGAUGGUCACGUCAGGUGGUUGACACCCCCUUCAUGUCAAACGCAGUCACACAAGAUCAAAAGGCCUGGUGGUUGCGUUGACUGAUAGAUGGUACUAAAAUAAAUAAACAAGCUCCAUUGCGAUGACUGCUGCUAGAGUCAUUUCCAAACGUUUUCAUUUUUACCUCGUCUCUGUUCAGGUCAAGGGAAGGUCGAGGUCGAUUUGCGCAACAGAUCACAGAGCACUCAUCCUGCUAUUGUUCUGGAUUCGUACUUAUGUUUCAGAGAAGUGACGAAUUAAAGUGAUCUGGUAAAUAGAUGAGUUAAUGAUUAUUUAGAAAUGUGGUUUCAGUAGCUAACUCGGCCGUCCAAAACUAAAUCCUUUGUAGGCAGUGUGGCACUAUGUGCACUUGUUACAAAAUCUAUCUUAAUCUAGGUGGUGAAUAAUCUUGACUAGUAUGCUGCUGAUUCCAUCUGUUGGACUGAUUGCUGUAUUAUAAAAUAUAUAGAAUAAUUAACAAUUAUCACGUCAGGUCAUUCUAAAGCCUUAGCUGACACAUUUGCUUUUGAUUUUUGAUCAAAAAUGAUUAAAAAAAAUAUUAGAUGAGUAUCGGAAAAAAAUGGCCAUAUUUAUGAAUUGGGAAACAAGGUUUUUGAAUGGCUGGUUUUAAAAUGUGGUUUCAGUAGCUAACUCGGCCGUCCAAAACUAAAUCCUUUGUAGGCAGUGUGGCACUUUGUGCACUUGUUACUCUUCUAUCUCCUUAAAUUAUUCAGCCGGCACAGUAAAGAUCUAAAUCUGGGUGGUGAAUAAUAUUGACUAGUAUGCUGCUGAUUCCAUCUGUUGGACUGAUUGCUGUAUUAUAAAAUAUAUAGAAUAAUUAACGAUUAUCACGUCAGGUCAUUUUAAAGCCUUAGUUGACACAUUCGCUUUUGAGUUUUGAUCAAAAAUGAUGAUAAAUGGCCAUAUUUAUAAAUUGGGAAACAAGAUUUUUAAAUGGCUGGUUUAAAAAUGUGGUUGCAGUCGCUAACUCGGCCGUCCAAAACUAAAUCCUUUGUAGGCAGUGUGGCACUUUGUGCACUUGUUACUCUAAUUUCUUUAAAUUAUUCAGCCAGCACAGUAAAGUAAAGAUCUAAAUGUAGGUGGUGAAUAAUCUUGACCAGCAUGCUGCUGAUUCCACCUGUUGGACUGAUUGCUGUAUUUUAAAAUAUAUAGAAUAAUUAACGAUUAUCACGUCAGGUCAUUCUAAUGCCUUAGUUGACGCAUUUGCUUUUGAUUUUUGAUCAAAAAUGAAAAAAUAAAUAAAUUAGAAGCCGCUCAGGUGGCGCAGCGGUAAAGUACGCUAGAGUUGGGGUUUCGAAUACAUCGUAUCAAAUCUCAGCUCUGCCUUACGACUGGGCGGCUGCAUGAACAACGAUUGGCUGUAGUUCAGGGUUAGAGGGUAAAAAGUUGGAUCAUAGGUCCUCAUAACUGGUGCGACUGCGGCCCCUGCUGGCUGACUGAUGGCGCCUGUUCAGUUGAGAGGCGUCCUCAGUCAGCGGUGAAGGGUCGAAUCAGUAUAGAGGACGCAAUCAGGGUAAUUGGACACGACUAGAUUGGGGGGGGAAAUUGUGGGGAAAAAAGUGGGGAAAAAUAGAUAACAAAAAAAAAAUUGGUUUCAGUAGCUAACUCAGCCGUCCAAAACUAAAUCCUUUGUAGGCAGUGUGGCACUUUGUGCACUUGUUACUCUGUUAUUUCUUUAAAUUAUUCAGCCAGCACAGUAAAGAUCCGAAUCUAGGUGGUGAAUAAUCUUGACCAGCAUGCUGCUGAUUCCAUCUGUUUCAUACGUUUUUUAAUAUUUCUACUUCCUUAGGUUUUCCUGCCUUUUAGUAAAGCUGUUUAUCAUGCGCCAUGCUUUUUCUUUUCUUCCUUUUAAAUUAUUCCUGUGGGAUCCAUAUUUUUUUUGCCGUCCUUUUGAUUCUGCUGUAUUAAUCAUCUGCUGCCAAGUCUUUCCUGAACCACUUAAUCCAAUUGCGUGUUCUUUAAACAAAUUGCUUUUAUGCCAAAGUCGUCUAGCGUGAUUUAGGGCCUGCUUCAGUACGCUUCUAGCUUUUGCUUUGGGUUGCAUCAGGAUUGCCGGUCACUUUUGAACAUUCAGUAUGUAACUUUGGAUUUUGGAGGCCCCUCUGGUGGAAUUACAGAACUGGAAGACACCAGCUGUUAUGCACAAGUCCAUUUCAUCAUGGUUCUGUUGAUACUCUAUAGAGAAUUUUUUUGUGUGGUAUGGCUCAGGCAGUUAUUAGCUGCAGCUUUAAUAUCAAGGUUAGGGUUGGUGUUUUAGCUUUUGAUUCUUGUUGCUGCAGUUGGAGGCUACGCUUGUAGCUUUUGCUUUGGGUUGCAUCAGGAUUGCCAGUCACUUUUGAACAUGAAGUUUGUAACUUUGGAUUCUGGAGACCCCUCUGGUAGGACUGUGGAACUGCAAGACACCAGUUGCUAUGCACAAGUCCAUUUCAUGAUGGUUCUGUUGAUACUCAAUAGGAACAAUUUUUUGUGUGGUAUGGCUCAGGCAGUUAUUAGCUGCAGCUUUAAUAUCAAGGUUAUGGUGGGUGUUUUAGCUUUUGAUUCUUGUUCCUGCAGUAGGAGGCUAAAGCCAGACUAAGAAUAAUAGUGCCCUUGAUUUCAAGAUUGCUGCCCAUGAAGAGCCCUCAAGAGUGCCUGUAAUUUCUUUCAAUUCAUUAUUCACGUUAAAAGCCCAGCUCCCACACUUGUGGCAUUCUCAAAGUCAAGUAUUUCCCACAGUGCAGCAGUGUAAAACUGCAUUGUUUGUGUUGGACCAACGCUGGAACAUCAGCACCGCUGAUUAGCUCCGAAAGAGCCAUAAAAAUAGCCUGCUUUAUUUUCGCUGUUACUGUUUUAGCUGUAAUUGUUUGUUCCCUUUUGCACCUCUUGAAGAUGAAGUGCCUUAAUGACAUGGAAGGUAAAUAAAAAUGAAGAUUUUUUUUGUCCUUAAAACCUUAUUUUUCUUCUCAAAGCCAUACUUUGCCCAAGAUGUACACUAUGUUCCAGGUAUACCAAAUGAAGUUAAGCAACCCAGAUGUUUGAAGUUUGUUCUGUAGCUUUGCUUUGGAGUUGACUGUUGGAUAAUGUUGACGUCCAUGGAUAAUGUUGGAAAAACAACGUCUGGCGACGUACUAAUUAUUAUUAAUGAUAUCGGUGUUGCCGUCCUGAUUUGAAGCAUUGUGUAAUACGGUAAUAUGCGUAAUGGGUUGCAGCUCUUUAUUAACCACUGCCUUGGGCAGUUAUUCAUUUGAGAUAUAUAAACAAAACAUUAUGCUUUAUAUAACACAAAUGCAGUUGAACAGACAGAGUGUCUGAUUUUAGCACCUUAGUUUUAUCUUUUGCUUGGAAGCAGGUGUGAUCUUGUAAGAAUAAUAUUAAUCUAAACCCUUCUCAUUUUCUUGUAGUCUGUGUACCUUCACCAUCUGAAGGAUUUUAAUCCAGUCUGCAAGCAAAACAAUUUAAUGUCAUUCAAAAUGCUGAGCUAAGUCUUUAAACUUGAUGCUUUAUGUAGUUCUAGCAUUUGAUUUCAUGGUCAAUAUAACAUCAACCUGUAAUCCUUCAUUUACAUUUAACACUCUCCCAGAAAUCUUCAGCAUUCUAUUUUUUUUUAGGUUGUAUUCCCCGACACAGCUACAUAACUGUCUGGCAUUAUUGCAGACCUUGUAGGUUAGAAUGCAGACAGGAUGUGAACCGCUUGUUUUUCAGUACUACCAGAUCGAUAAUUAGCAUGGACUACCAAUUAAAUCAGUCAGGUAGGGUUAAAAUCCAUAUACCUGACUGAUUUAAUCGUUAGUCCAUGCUAAUUGUCGAUCAGACAGUACUGAAAAACAAGCACACUUGGUUCAUAUCCUGCCUGCAUUCUAAGCUACAAAGUCUGUAGUAUGUAGGAUAUAAUUAUUAGUGGUAUUUUAAUUUAACAGUACUAUGUGAUUUGGGAUGCAGCACCCUUCCAUUCACAGCCAUUAUUUUUAAUAAGGUGUACCUUCAUACCAAUAGAAAGAUCGUUUUACCCAUUUUCUAUUACAAGAUCACACGUUGCUCCACAAAAUUAGCACAACACUAAACCAUUUUUCCUUAUGGUGAAAACUUCAGACACCAGACAUGCCUUGGCUGAUCAACUGCAUCUGUGCUUAAGUUGAAAAACAAUGUUUAAAUGUAAUAAUUAUUUUAAAUCAUAGCUUUAACGUUGCCUUUGCAUGUUUUUGCCCGCGUGAAAUGAUCCAGAAUGCUAUGUAUAAUACCGACACCUUGUUGGAAUAAUGGUUUCCAUACUUCUAUGUCCAAAUUGUGUGUCUAACAAUACUUUUCCCUCAAAUAAAUUCAACCUUUGGUUGUAUUUCCAUGGUUGGCCGAAUGUCGAAUGUAUGAAUGUUGAAGACCUUGGGCUGGUAUAAGUUGCACGAGUUCCAUUAAUUUGAGAACUAAAUACCCACUUCUGCACCUACGCUUGCUGUUGCUUUAUGUUGCCACAAGGUCUGCCUUAAUAUGUUCUCAGCUCUGAUAAUGUUUUGCUGGAUAUUUUGGGUUUUGAUUUUUUUAGUUUUGCAAUUACGACUAGGUUUGAAGAUGUUAAAAUUAAUAAUUAAUUAAAAAAUAAAAGAUGUAA